UUUGUCCUUCAAUUCAGUGUUUGUCUCAAAAAUAUUUGUCUCAAAAAAUGGCGAUUUGUUUGUGAAGUGAAGACAACUGCAGACAAUUUGCCACAAAUCAGGUCUCGAAGUCCAUCUCAAGCGACAGUCACCACACGUUUAUCUCGUCUGCCGUCACAUCCGGUCAUGGAUUGAGUGGCGGACGCGUUGGAUGUGUUGGACACUGACAUUGAAGUGACGACAACCGCGAGAUAUCAACAAUGGCGAUUAUCUGUCAGUGUUUGGGUCACUGUCCGGACAAUGAGCCCAACGGGACGUGUCAUCUGAAGCCUCACGGCAUGUGUUUCGCGGCUAUGGAACAGGUCUUCAACAGAGACACCAAACACUUGGAGUGGGAGAAGACGUACGGAUGUCUGCCUCCAGAGGACGGACACAUUCUUCAGUGUAAGGGACAUCUGGUACCACACGACGUGCCAAAGUCGAUACAGUGCUGUAAUUCGCAUGACUUCUGUAAUCUUGAAUUACAUCCGAAUUACUUCAAUAUUCCCGACAAUAAAACCAGUGACAAUGACAGCGAAUUCCUGUCCAUAGACUCGACUCACCUCUUGGUGUCACUCAUCACUUCGUUAUUGGUUUUCAUUAUUAUAUUUUGGAUUUUAUUCAUCGCUUAUAAACGCUAUAAAAGGUUUAAGGAUAAGAAGCAAAACAUCAUAAUAUUUGACGAGAAGAAUAUGUCACUCAAAGGAGACAUGCAUCUGAUGUCCGACAGAGAAAAGAUUGACGUCACUGUCAGCUCUGGAGGCAGUGGUUCCGGUCGACCGUUGCUGUCAGUGAAACCCAAUCGAAUGGAUUCAUUCAAAAGCAAUAAAGCGCUGGAAGUGUGGAAAUACAGCCAAAAAGAGGGUUCCGGCACUUCCUCAUCGGUUUACAAGAACUUCGGCGUCAAUGAGAAGAGUUCAAUGGAUUCCUAUUUCAUGGAUAAUAACAUGAGAUUCAACGGCAACGACAGCCUAUCGCGCGACUCGUUUGAGCAGUCGGUGACGUCUGGGUCGGGCUCUGGGCUACCGGUGCUCAUACAGCGAACGCUGGCCAAACAGAUCCAGUUGUAUGAGUGCAUCGGGAAGGGUCGGUACGGGGAGGUGUGGCGCGGUGUGCGAUACCUGGAGAACGUGGCGGUGAAGAUAUUCUUCAGCCGAGACGAGGCCUCUUGGAAUCGCGAGACAGAGAUCUACAGCACUAUUAUCUUACGGCACGAGAAUAUACUGGGAUUCCUGGGCUCCGACAUCACGUCCUACAACUCGUCGACCCAGUUAUGGCUCAUCACUAAUUACCACGAAUUGGGAUCACUGUAUGACUACCUGAACGCCCAUACCCUGGAGCCCAAGCAGAUGAUGGGUAUACUGGUGUCGAUGGUGUCGGGGCUGUUGCACCUGCACACCGAGAUAUUCGGACGGUUAGGUAAGCCGGCGAUCGCGCACCGGGACAUAAAGUCGAAGAAUAUUUUGAUGAAAAACCGCAACUCGUGUUGUAUCGCCGACUUCGGUCUCGCCGUCAUUCAGACCCAGACUACCGGCGAAGUGAAGUUCGGUAUUAAGAACCAUAGGGUGGGAACCAAACGAUAUAUGGCUCCCGAAGUGCUCGACAUGACUAUGAAAAGCGAUGUCUUUGAGUCCUAUAGAUUGGCUGAUAUUUACUCAUUAGCGCUGGUAUUCUGGGAAGUGGUCCAGAGGUCAGAGUUUGACGGCUAUGUAGACGAACUGACUGCCCUUCGGAUUAAGAAGUCGUUGCAGAAGAUCUCCGGCAAAGAGCUGAUCCGCGUGUCCGCCAAAGAGGCCGAAGUCUAA